GUCAGUGGAUGGUAGCUGGAAGAGGGAGAAGAUGAUCUGCAGGAUCCUGCUGCUCAUCAUCCUCAACUCAUGUCUCUGUGCAGCAACAUUUGUAGUGAAUGAGACACAGAGCUUCUAUCAGGCAGAGGAGAACCACAACAUCACUCUGGAGUGGACCUUCACCACCAGACCUCAUGGAUCCUGGAGACAACUUUUUAUCCUCUGUGAACUUAUAGCUCCUCUCAGAGGACUGGUUCUGUAUCAGGUCCAUGAUGGUGUUGAGGUGUCAGAGUCUCAGGAUGAACAGUUUUCAGGACGAGUCCAGAGUGACAAAGACGUCCUCAGAGAAGGACGAAUCAGACUCCAUGUGUCCAGACUGAGGACUGAAGACUCUGGUCUGUAUCUGUGUGACGUGAAAACUGAUGAAGGCUUCAACUCUGGAAGAUCUCGACUCAACGUUUCUGCAGCUGCUGAUGUCUCCCAACCUCAGAGACCGACUGUGGAUCCAGAACCAGGAGGUCCAGGAAGAAUCGGUCUCUGUGUUUCACUGGGACUGACAGCAGCAGCAGCAGCAGCAGUUCUGAUGCGAUGGACUGACAACCUGUCCAGGGUGAACCCGCCUCCCGCCCAUAGACUGCUGGAGAUCGACCCACUAUGGAUGAAGCUGUAUAGAAGGGAGAAGAUGAUCUGCAGGAUCCUGCUGCUCAUCAUCCUCAACUCAUGUCUCUGUGCAGCAACAUUUGUAGUGAAUGAGACACAGAGCUUCUAUCAGGCAGAGGAGAACCACAACAUCACUCUGGAGUGGACCUUCACCACCAGACCUCAUGGAUCCUGGAGACAACUUUUUAUCCUCUGUGAACUUAUAGCUCCUCUCAGAGGACUGGUUCUGUAUCAGGUCCAUGAUGGUGUUGAGGUGUCAGAGUCUCAGGAUGAACAGUUUUCAGGACGAGUCCAGAGUGACAAAGACGUCCUCAGAGAAGGACGAAUCAGACUCCAUGUGUCCAGACUGAGGACUGAAGACUCUGGUCUGUAUCUGUGUGACGUGAAAACUGAUGAAGGCUUCAACUCUGGAAGAUCUCGACUCAACGUUUCUGCAGCUGCUGAUGUCUCCCAACCUCAGAGACCGACUGUGGAUCCAGAACCAGGAGGUCCAGGAAGAAUCGGUCUCUGUGUUUCACUGGGACUGACAGCAGCAGCAGCAGCAGCAGUUCUGAUGCGAUGGACUGACAACCUGUCCAGGGUGAACCCGCCUCCCGCCCAUAGACUGCUGGAGAUCGACCCACUAUGGAUGAAGCUGUAUAGAAGGGAGAAGAUGAUCUGCAGGAUCCUGCUGCUCAUCAUCCUCAACUCAUGUCUCUGUGCAGCAACAUUUGUAGUGAAUGUGACACAGAGCUGCUAUCAGGCAGAGGAGAACCACAACAUCACUCUGGAGUGGACCUUCACCACCAGACCUCAUGGAUCCUGGAGACAACUGUUUAUCCUCUGUGAACUUAUAGCUCCUCCCAGAGAACUGGUUCUGUAUCAGGUCCAUGAUGGUGUUGAGGUUCCAGAGUCUCAGGAUGAACAGUUUUCAGGACGAGUCCAGAGUGACAAAGACGUCCUCAGAGAAGGACGAAUCAGACUCCAUGUGUCCAGACUGAGGACUGAAGACUCUGGUCUGUAUCUGUGUUAUGUGAAAACUGAUGAAGGUUCUGGUUCUGGAAGAUGUCGACUCAACGUCUCUGCAGCAGCUGAUCAGAUCCAAACUCAGAGACCAACUUUGACUCCAGAACCAAAGAGACGAGGAUGGAUCUUCCUCUUCAUCCCACUGGGACUGACAGCAGUUCUGAUGGUUCAUCUGAUGUUGAUCAUUUGGUUCAGAAAAAAACAGAAACAAAACAAACCAGUUGACAAACAUCAGAUUUAUUUCAAGUUGUUCUCAUGGUGGCGCUCUAAGAUCAUUGACCAGUCUGCUGAUCUGUGCGACUGUAACCAACCUUUGACCUCCAUCUUGGAUCUCAGACCAGCUGCUGCUUCAGUUCUGAGCUGA